AUUCUCCAGAUCUACAGCAGUGUGUUACAGUAUAUAACACACCGCAGAGGAUCGUGUUUAAAGCGCUCAGACUGUGGCCGUGUGCAUCAAUGGCAAGAAAUCCCAUUAGAGGAAAUUUAACGUUCCUGAGGAGGGUGGACCCACCAAGAAAAGCCACUUGGUCACCAGAAAAUGGGACUACAAUGAGCAGGCAGUGCUCAAGCUGUUCUGGCCUAAAAAUGUUCCUUGUAGCCUUGUCCUUUGCAUACUUUUCAAAGGCUUUAUCUGGGAGCUAUAUGAAAAGCACAAUAACUCAGCUGGAGCGGCGCUUUGACAUCCCCAGUUACCUAAUAGGCAUCAUUGAUGGCAGCUUUGAAAUAGGUAACUUGCUGGUUAUUGCUUUUGUCAGUUAUUUUGGUGCCAAGCUUCAUCGCCCAAAAAUCAUUGCCACUGGGUGUCUUCUGAUGUCACUGGGGACGUUCUUAAUUGCACUCCCUCAUUUUAUUAUUGGACGAUAUAAGUUUGAAACAUCUAGAUCUUCAGUGAACUCGUCACACAUCACAUCAUGUCCAGCCAGUCCACCGAGCAAGCUGUCUGUGGGUAGCCACCCUUCUACAGUAUUACACACAGGUUGUGAGAAUGAGUCCAGGUUAUCCAUGUGGAUCUACAUAUUACUGGGAAACAUCCUGCGUGGAAUUGGAGAAACACCGGUACAGCCUUUGGGAAUCUCAUACAUAGACGAUUAUGCUCUGAAGGACAACGCUGCCUUCUACAUUGGGUUUGUUCAGACAGUAUCGGUUAUCGGGCCAGUGUUCGGCUAUCUGCUUGGAUCUCUUUGUGCAAAGUUAUAUGUGGACAUUGGAUUCGUCAACAUGGAGAGUAUUACAAUCACACCAGGAGAUACUCGCUGGGUGGGCGCAUGGUGGCUGGGCUACCUCAUAGCAGGACUCAUCACAUUCUUGUCGGCUGUGCCUUUGUGGUUCAUGCCCAAGUCCCUCCCUGUGUUAGAGGUUAAGUUGUCCAAAUGCUCCCAUGAGGAGACCAACUUCAUCAAAGACUCGCAUGUCGUGCACCACAAAUGUCAGGCAGAUGAGGCUACCAGCUUUGUAGAAUUGGCCAAAGAUUUUGUGCCGACACUGAGAUCACUCCUGGGGAACCCUGUGUACAUUUUGUACCUGUGUGUAACAGUCAUCCAGUUUAAUUCUUUGAUAGGCAUGGUCACAUAUAAACCAAAAUACAUUGAGCAACAUUACGGCCGAUCAGCAUCCAACGCCAACUUUUUGAUGGGAAUGAUCAACAUCCCAGCUGUUGCCUUAGGAAUGUUCUUGGGAGGCGUACUGAUGAAGAAGUUCAAGUUAGGCAUCAUGGGAGCAGCCAAGUUUGCACUGGGAACAUCUCUCCUGGGCUACUUCCUGUCUUUCUUCUUCUUUGCCUUAGGGUGUGAGAAUGCCAAAGUGGCUGGUGUUACUGUGUCUUACGAUGGAAUAGAGAACAUUUCCAUUGAGGAGAGCUCACUGUUUGUGAGCUGUAACUCAGACUGCGUGUGCUCGGAGACUGAAUGGGACCCGGUGUGUGGUGAGAAUGGUCUCACGUAUGUCUCUGCGUGCCUGGCUGGGUGCCGGAUGUCACGUGGCUCUGGCGUGGACAUGAUGUUUGAGCAGUGCAGCUGUGUGGCGGGGGGGAACCUCACUGCCCACGUGGGACAGUGUAGACAUCGGGAGAGUUGUCAGCGGGUAUUCCCAUAUUUCCUGGCUUUGUCCGUCAUCACUUCCUUUAUCAUUUCUCUGGGUGGAACCCCAGGCUACAUGCUGCUAAUCAGAUGCAUCAAGCCGGAGCUGAAGUCCCUGGCUUUAGGAUUCCACACCCUGAUAACACGAACGCUGGCUGGCAUCCCGUCUCCAAUAUACUACGGAGCACUCAUUGACACCACGUGUCUGAAAUGGGGCCGUAAGAAGUGUGGAGGAAAAGGAGCAUGUCGAAUCUACAACACUGCUGCAUACAGGAUGGCGUAUCUGGGUCUCUCGCUGGGCCUGAGGACAGCUUCCUUCUUCCUCUGUGCGUUGGGACUGCUGGUCCUGCAGUGGCAUGUCAAGAGGCAGAAGACCAGGACGCUCUCCAAUGGAAGCACCGCCACAGAACUGCAGGCUCUGAGACGAGACGAGAUCAGCAGCUGUUUGGAUCUCUCACCACGGAGCUCGGAUUACGACCCUGAGAGGGAGACGCGCUUGUGACGAUGCGUUUUAUUGUAGAACGUAAAAUGAAAACGAUCUGCUGAUCAGUGUGAAGUACAAAACAUUGGCACUCUGACAUGAGAAUAAGUCACUGAAUGUACCUGCUCGUAGGAACACACCAAAAAUCCGGGGAAGAUUUUUUCAUUUUUAAAAAGAUCGAUCUCAAAGUUGUUAAUUGUGGAAAAGCUUACUUUUUAACAAGAGAAGAAAAAGUCUUAUUUUUGUCUGUAUUUUUCUAAUUACCAAAUAGAAUAUACUGCUGUACGGGGGAACUACUGGAAUGAGAAGUUAAUAUUAAAAUAAUUUGGAGCACACUCAAGGGUAUCAUUAGUUAAUCGAUUAUGUAUUUUGAGACAAGACAAUCAAGAAGUUUUAACGUUACUGAUGAGGAUUUAACAAAACUGCCGUUUUAAUUCAUGCGCACACACAUUUUUUCCAAUUUGUUGGAAACACAAGAGUGGAGCUUCUGUAGCAGUUCAUGCCAUGGAAAAUCUGUCUGUUGUACUGGAUUGACUGACCAUAAACACACGUGCAGCAUCAUUAUUAUCUGGCCACGACUCGUACA